AAUUUCUUUGUUGUUACUGCUUUUGAAACAUGGUUUCAUGUAGCUCAGCUUGGUUUUGAGCCUGUGAUCCUCCCACUUCUACCUCCCAAGUGCUGGUACUGCAGGCAUGCACCACCAUGUGACUUGGGGUGAAGAUCUUAAGACCAUAAAUACGCUGCCAGCACCUCUAGCCCUUGCUUUGCUCUCCGAAGUACAUGGCUGGAGCUGCGGGGAGGUCCGAGGAAGCUGAGAAUUCUGGCCUCUGCAGAGACAUGAUUCAGAUUUUCUCUCUGGCUCCCUGGGAGGCUGAGCUGCUGGGAAGUUCCCUGGGAGGCUCCAGUGAACACCCCGAACUUGGAUCUCCACCAAUGGAUUGGAGCUGAGGAACAACCCGGACAAAACCUCUGAACCAGACACAUUGUGGUCAUCUGUCAGCAGCGGUCAUUUUGUAAUUAAAUCUAGAUGUAGAACUCUCAGCUACGUCUCCAGCAUCAUGUCUGCCUGGAUGUUGCCAUGUUCUUCACAAUGAUGACAACAGAUUGAACCCCUGAAACUGUAAGCCAGCCCCGUUAAAUGCUUUCCUUUAUCAGAAUAGCUGUGGUCAUGGUCGUGGUGUUUUUUUCACAGCAACAAAACACUGAUUAAGACAAAGGCACAGACAGUAUUUUCAACAGAAUUAUAGAAGAAAUUUUCCCUACUGUAAAGGAGGAGAUGCCUUUCAAAGUACAGGAAGCAAGCACUAGUCAAAUAGACUGGACCAGAAAAGGAAGUUGUCUCAGCACAUAAUAGUCAGAAUACUAAGUGUGCAGAACAAAGAAGGAAUAGUAACAGCUACAAGGGAACAAGACCAAGUACAAGGACUACAUAAAAGUAGACAGAGCUAUUAGAAAUACACUUGACUUUUCAAUGGAGACUCUAAAAGCCAGGAGGGCCAGGACAGAUGUGCUGCAGACUCCAUGAGAUCACUGAGGCCAGCCCAGACUGAUAUACCUAGCAAUCACAAUAUUUGGAGGAAAUAAGAUAUUUCAUGAGAAAACCAAACUGAAGCAUUAGCUAUCUACAAAUCCAUCCCUACAGGAGGCACUAGGAGGAAAACUCCAACCCAGAGUGGUAACCACACCCAAAAGGCCCACAAAGAGUAAAUAAUCCCACACAAGCAAACCAAGAGGUUUGCUACACACACACACACACACACACACACACACACACACACACACACACACACACACACACACAGAGAGAGACAGAGAGACAGAGAGACAGAGAGAGAGAAUAACAGGAAUCAACAAACACUGCUUAUUGAUAUCUCUCUAUCUCUCAAUAUCAGUGGUCUCAAUCAGUCUGUCUCCCCGCACCUCCCCAAUACACAGACCAAUAGAAUGGAUGUAAAACUGGAUUCUUUUCUUUCUUUCUUUUUUUUUUUUUGCUGCAGCCAAGAAAAAAAAUUACACAUUAUCUUCAAGGACAGUAUCACUUCAGGGUAAAAGGAUAAAAAAGGUAUCCAAGCAAAUGGAUCUAAGAAGUAUUUUAAAUAUCUGACAAAACAGACUUUAAACCAAGGCUGUUUUAAGAGGCAAGUUCACAGCACUAAGGGCCUACAUUAAAGAAUAAAAUAAACAACAACAAAACUGGAAAGACCUCAUAUUACUAACUCAACAGCACACCUGAAAGGUCUAGACCAAAGAGAAGAAGUCACACCCGAAAGGAGUGGGCAGCAGGAAAUAAGCAAACUCAGGGCUGAAAUCAAUAAAAUAGAAACAAACACAACAAUACUAAGAAUCAAUGAAACAGGGAGUUGGGUCUUUGAGAAAAUCCCAGACUGGCAAAGCCUUAUCUGAGUUAACUAAAAGGCAGAGAGAGAAUAUCUAAUUAAUAAAAUCAGAAAUGAAAAAGGGGAUGUAACAACAGACACUGAAGAAAUCCAAAGGAUCAUAAAGACAAACUUUAAAAACCAUGCACUACCAAAUUGAAAAACUAAUGGAAAUGGAUAAGUUUCUCAAUAUGUAUACUUACCAAAGUUAAAUCAGGAUCAGAUAAGCAGUUUAAACAGAUCUUAACCCCUUUAGAAAUAGAAGCAGUAAUUAAAAGUCUCUCAUCCCCUCGCCCCCACAAAGCAACCAAAAAUAAAAACAAAACAAAACAAACCCACACAACAAAAAGCAACAAAACAAAACAAAACAAAAAAUGCCCAGGGCUAGAAUUCCACCAUGCUUUCAAAGAAUUAAUGCCAACACUUUUCAAAUUAUUCCACAAAAACAGAAAGAGAAGGAACACUGCCAAAUUUGUUUUUUGAGACCACAGUUAUGCUGGUACUUAAACCACAUAAAGAGCCAACGAAGAAAGAGAAUUACAGACCAUCUCCUUUAUACUUGCAAACUGAAUCCAAGAACACAUGAAAAAGAUCAUCCACCGUGACCAAGUAGGCUUCAUUCCAGAGAUGCAGAGGUGGUUCAACAUAUGUAAACUGAAAAACAUAAUUCAUCAUAUAAACAAACUGAAAGUCUAAAAGCACAUGAUCCUCUCUUUUCUUUUCUUUUUUUUUUUUCUUCAGAGCUGGGGACCGAACCCAGGGCCUUGCGCUUGCUAGGCAAGCGCUCUACCGCUGAGCUAAAUCCCCAACCCCCUAUGAUCCUCUCAUUAGAUACCAAAAAGACCUUUUUUUUUUUUUUUUUUUGGUUCUUUUUUUCGGAGCUGGGGACCGAACCCAGGGCCUUGCGCUUCCUAGGUAAGCGCUCUACCACUGAGCUAAAUCCCCAGCCCCCCAAAAAGACCUUUGACAAACGUUCAACACCACUUGAUAAAAGUCUUGGAGAGAUUAGGGAUACAGGGGACACACCUCAACAUGAUAAAUGCAGUUUACAGCAAGCCCAUAGCCAACAACAACUUAAAUAGAAAACUCAAAGCAAUUCUACUAAGAUCAGGAACAAAAUAAAGUUGCUUACUUUAUGCCUUUUUAAUACAAUGCUUGAAGUCUUGGAGCAGUAAGACAACUGAAGAAGUCCAAAGGAGAUGCAGAUUGGAAAGAAAGAGGUCAGAGUAUUUUUAUUUGCAGAUAAUAUGGUAUACAUAAGUGACCCUAAAAAUUCCACCAGGGAAUUCCUACAGCUGAUACUUUCUAAGAUUAUAUAUAUACCGUCAUAUGUCUGAAGAGGGCAUCAGAUCCCAUUACAGAUGGUUGUGAGCCACCAUGUGGUUGCUGGGAUUUGAACUCAGGACCUCUGGAAGAGCAGUCACUCCUCUUAACCACCGAGACAUCUCUCCGGCCAUCGGCUGAUAUUUUCAACAAGGUAGCUAAGUCUGAAAUUAAAUCACUAAAAUAAGUAGUCCUGCUAUAUACAAAUGACAAACAGACUGGGAAAGAAAAAAAAAAAAAACCACACUUCACAGUAGCCUCAAAUAAUAUGAAAUAUUUUGGGGUAACUUUAACCCAAGCAGGUAAAAGACUUGUAUGAUAAAACUUUCAGACAUUGAAGAAAGACAUUGAAGAGCUCAGAAGCUGAAAAGAUCUUCCAUGCUCACGGUUCUGUAGGAUAAAUACAGUAACAAUAGCCACUCUGCCAAAAGCAAUGUACAGACUCAAUGCUACUCCCGUACAACUGUCAAUAUAACUCUUCAGAGAUUGUGACAGGACCAUUUUCAGUUUCAGAUGGAAUCACACAGACAUUCAGAGGAGUUAAAACAAUCCUGAAUAAUGAAAGAACUGCUAGAGACAUCAUCAUCGUGAUUUUGAGUUGUACAACUGAAGUAUAGUAAUAAAGACAGCAUGGUACCGGCACAAAAACAUGUUGAUCAGUGGACUCAAAUCGAAGCCCCAGGUACAAAUCUACACACCAAUGGACACCUGAUUUUUGAUAAAGAAGCCGGAAAUACUGGGGAAAAAAAAGACAUCAUCUUCAACAAAUGGUGCUCAUCAAACUGGAUAGCUGCAUGUAGAAGAAUCUAAAUAGAUACAUAAUUAUCAACUUACACAAAAAUCAAGUCCAGAUGGAUCAAAGGUCUCAACAUAAAACCAGAUAAAGGGCUGGAGAGACAGCUUAGCAGUUAAGAGCACUGACUGCUUUUCCAGAGGUCCUGAGUUCAAUUCCCAACCACCUACAAUUGGACCUGAUGCCAUCUUCUGGUGCGUCUGAAGACAGCUACAGUGUACUCAUAUAAAUCGAAUAAAUAAAUUUUAAAAAAUAAAACCAGAUGAAGUGGGGGAACAGCCUUGAAUUCAUUGGCACGGAAAAAGACCUUCUGAACUGAACACUGAUCGUGCAGGCACUAAGAUCAACAGUUAAUAAAUGAGACCUCAUGAGACUGAGAUGCCUUUGCAUGGUAAAUUGUCAUUUAGACAAUGUGGAGCCUACAAAAUAGGAACAGAUUUUUAUCUAGUACACAUCUGAUAGAGGGCUAAUAUCCAAAACAUAUAAAGAAGUAAAAACACUAGGUAUGAAGAAAACAAAUAAUCAGAAUACUCAAAAUAGGAAACUCAAAUGGAUGAGAAACACAUAAAGAAUUGUUCAAAAUCCUUAACCAUCAGGGAAAUGCAAAUCAAAACUAUUUUGAGAUCCCAUAUUACGUCUGUCAGAAUGGCUAAGAUCAAUAAAACACGUGACAAACAGCUCAUGCUGGCUAGGGUGUGCUAGUGGGAGUGCAAACUUGUACAGCCCGGCAGAAAUCAGUGUGGUGGUUCCUCAGGAAGAAUGGAAUCCAUUGGGGCUGGAGAGAUGGCUCAGCAGUUAAGAGCACCGACUGCUCUUCCAGAGGUCCUGAGUUCAAUUCCCAGCAACCACAUGGUGGCUCACAGCCAUCUGAUGCCUCUUCUGGUGUGUCUGAAGACAGUUACAGUGUACUCAUAUACAUAAAAUAAAUGUCUUAAAAAAAGAAAAGAACGGAAUCCAUCAGCUUCCAGCCAUACCACUCUUGAGUAUAAGCUGAAAGGACACAUCAUCUUACCAGAAAGACACUUGUUCAGCCGUUCAUUGCUGCUUUAUUCAUAAUAGCAAGAAACUAGAAACAACUAAAUGUCUCUCAACACAAGAAUGCAUAAAGAAAAUAAAAUAUGGUACAUUUACACAAAAGAGUAUGCCAUUAAAAAUGCAUUGAACCAUUUAAAAAAGAAGGUGAAAUCUGAAAUUCGAAGGUAAAUGGAUGGAACAGAGAGAGUGAGACACACACACACACACACACACACACACACACACACACACACACACACACACCCUGAGGUGAGGUAUUCUAGACCUAGAAAGUAUGCUAUUCAUUCACUAAAUGUGGAUAUUAGUUAGAGUUUGAUUGCUAUGAAAAGGCACCAUGGCCACUGCAACUCUUUAAAGGAACAUUUAACUGGGGCUGGCUUAUAGUUCAGAGGUUUAGUUCAUUAUUAUCAAGGCAGGAACCAUGGUGAUGUGUAGAAGACAUCGUGCUGGAGUAGGAACUGACAGUUCUACAUCAUGAUUCAUGGGCAGUAGGAAGAGAACUGUUUGAGCUUCUGAGACCUCAAAGCCUACCCUAUAGUCACAGACCCCCUCCAACAAGACCACACCUCUUAUUAGUGCCACUCCCUUGUGGGGGCUAUAUUUUUCAAAACACCACAUUAGUUGUAAAGUUAAAAAUAACCAAGCUAUAGUCAGAAGAACUUUCUCUGUCGUGGAUGCUUCUUGAUUCCUCUGGCUAAAUCCUUCCUCAUAUCUAUAAUAAAACCCUUCUCCUUAUCAUACAUAGGAGGGGGACUAGGUGACAGAUUGUGAAAGGGAAAUAGGAUAGAUAGAUAGUUAUUGGACGGAUGGGGGUCUGGGACCUGAGGAUCAAGUGGAGAGGAGAAGGGGAGAGGGAGACAAGGGAGGGAAAGGAAGAGACAGCUAAAAUUAAGGGCCAUUUGUGGAGUAGUGUGGAAAACUAAUACAGUAAAAACUUCCUAAAAUACAUAUAUAUGUGAAGGCAAUCUAAAUGAAACUUUCAAAUAACGUGGCAGACAGAACCCUAACUGGCUAUUUCUUGUCACCAAAUGCAGCUUCCAGUACUGGAGUUGGAUUACAUCUAAUUGGGUUGUUGGCCAAAGGGGCUUCACAGGAACUCCCAAACAACACUGGCUGUCGCCAAGACUAUUGGCUGCUCUCCAUUAACCAAUGGCAAGGCCCCAUGGCUGAUGAUAACACCUACACAACUCACUGAACAUGUAGCUGAGCUGGCGCUUACACAGAGCCUUUCUUCACUAGUAUAUUCCAGCAUCUUUGGUACAGGAAGGUACUCUGCAUGCUAUCAAAAGAAACAUAAAUACCAACCCAGCCAUAAACUGAUGGGCGAGCAUGACUCCAUUUUAGGGUUAGAAGCCACUUAUCUGGUGUUGAGUGCUGUGAUGGUGUUGUAUAUGCUUGGCCCAGGGAGUGGCACCGUUAGGAGGUAUGGCCUUGUUGGUGUAGGUGUGUCACUUUGGUUGUGGGCUUAAGAACCUCACUCUAGCUGCCUAGAAGUCAGUCUUCCACUAGCAGCCUCCAGAUGAAGAUGUAGAACUCUCAGCUCUGCCUGCAUCAUACCAGCCUGGAUGCUGCCAUGCUCUGGCCUUGAUGAUACUGGACUGGACCUCUGAACCUAAGCCUGUUUUGAAAGAGAGUGGAUCCAGAUGGAAGGGGAGGUCGGAACUGGGAGCAGAGGGAGGAGACACUGUAAUCAGGAUAUAUUAUACAGUGCCACCAUGGGGACCACAGCCCCAGGGCCUGCUAACCUUCUGGACCUAUGUGACCAGAAACUCCUGGACUUUGUCUACAAUGUGGACAACAAGGACUUCAUGUGGCUUAAGGAGAUUGAGGAGGAGGCCGAGCGAAUGUUUGUCAGAGAAUUCAACAAUGAGCCAGAGCUGAUGCCCAAAACUCCUUCUCAGAAAAACCGUCGGAAGAAGAGGCGGGUGUCUAACAUUCAGGAUGAAAACAGAGAUCCUGUGAGGAAAAGGUUGUCCCGCAGAAAGUCUCGGAGCAGUCAGGUAGGCCCCCGGCACCGCCGCAGCAAGCUGGGUGCUGUUGUUGAGGAGAAUGGUUCGCCUGUGUUGCGUCGGAUAACCCGGGCAGCAGCUGCAGCAGCAGCAGCGGCAGCAUCAACGUCAGCGUCUGUGGCAUCAGCUUCUUCUUCUCCCACUACGGUGUCUCCCAUAGUGCUAAUCAAAAAAGCUGUGGUAGAGGUAAGCACCGGUGAGCAACUGAGUGCAGAGCUUCAACUCAUUAAGCUCAAAGGUGGCCUUCCUCAGUCUUCAGUCCCAGCUCCAGCCACAUCUUCAGUUUCCCAAGGCACCCUGACCUCAGAAGAGGAAGCAACACCCAAGAAAUCAGAGGCUGGGAGGCUGGACUCUGCCACAGACUCCGUUGCAGUGAACUCCCUCAAGGCUACCCCUCAGAGCCCCAAGAACCGAGGGGUUGGGGAAGCACGUUCUGUUUCCAAGCUCAAGAUUGCUCGGGCCUCCAGGGGCCUGCAGGACUCUCCUGGCUCUACGGACUCUCCAUGGCAAGAGCGGGUGCUUUCUCCUAUUCUGCCGAAUAACAUCUUGUCCACCACAGCCAAGAACCCUCUUGGGAGUAUUCAGUCAGUGCAGCAAAGCCUGAUUUCCCAGGAUUCCCAAGUGCCAUUAGCCAAAAAGUAUUGUUUGGUGACUCAACAAGAAAAUGCCAGUCGCAGAUCAAGCAGGAUUGCUAAGAAGGCUGGCAAAGAGCCAGAGGCCUCUGCUCGCAUCAUUUGUCACAGUUACCUGGAGAGGCUCCUGAAUGUUGAAGUGCCUCAGAAUGUUGGCCUGGAAAAGGAGCCUGUUGAGGUGGCCGAGCCUGAGGAGGCAGUAGAGGAGCAAGAGGUCUCCAAGAACAGUGGAUGUUCCUCCAAACCCCACAGUGCCACCAAGAUGGCGAUCAGUACGCCUACCUCGAAGCCUGUGGCCACUGGCCAGGCAACAGCUGUUGAAGAGCAAGACGCUGAGCUUGACCAAACAGAUGGACACAGAGAACCACCCCAGAGUGUCAGGAGGAAACGCAGUUACAAGCAGGCCAUGAGUGAACUGGAUGAGGAGCAUCUGGAGGAUGAAGAGCUGCAGCCUCCCCGGAACAAGACCCCUUCCCCACCCUGUCCAGCCAGCAAGGUGGUACGGCCCCUCCGGACUUUCUUGCACACAGUGCAGAAGAACCAGAUGCUCAUGACCCCUACUCUGGCCUCCCGCAGCAGUGUCAUGAAGUCCUUUAUUAAACGCAACACUCCACUCCGUGUGGACCCUAAGUGCAGCUUUGUUGUAAGUAAAGCCAUUCCCUGUCCCUUAACAGAGCUGCACCUAGUUCUUAACCAUGUCCUGUUACUGUGUAGCUGACAGCCCCUGUGGAAGCACUAACAUUGCAAGUGGGAGUGUUAGGAAGGCAGAUGUGCAAGUGGGAGGCACUGGAGUCACCAGGGUAACUGGUGGGAAUCAACAGUUUUGGGGCUCUGCAACCUCCUACCGUAGAGAUUGCCCUCUGCCCAUCCAUUGCUACUGGGAGUGUUUAUGCAGCCUAUAGCUAGAAGUGCUUCCCACAGCCAUCUACUUCCUCAUUCUCAACACUGGGGCUUGAGGGCCUGUGAAAAGAACAGACAUGUCUCUGGUCCACAGAGCCACUGAGAUUUACUGGGUCAUAGACCUCAGCAGUAACCCUGAUAUGAUGUCUGAUGGGGUAGGACUGGUAACUAUAAACUGAGGCUGGGUCCAGCUGUGCAGUUACAAUGUAGAUGAUGGCAAGUGGCAUCUGGAAACAAGACCAAAGAAGCUGUUCUCUUCCCAGGCACCUCAGAGCUAAGCAGGGCUGGGUUACUUGCUGUGAGCAAGAGCUUUGGAGGACUGGGACCUGGGAGUAGCUCAGUCCUGUGUCCUGCUCCUGGUUGGUUGCUGCUAGACCAGCUAUAGCUCAGUUUCUUUCUUCCUUUCUUUUUUUCAGCGAUAUAUUUAUUUAUUAUAUAUAAAGCACACUGUAGCUGUCUUCAGCCACACCAGAAGAGGGCAUCAGAUCUCAUUACAGAUGGUUGUGAGCCACCAUGUGUUUGCUGGGAAUUGAACUCAGGACCUAUGGAAGAGCAGUCAGUGCUCUUAACUGCUCAGCCAUUUCUCCAGCCCCCUAUAGCUCAGUUUCUUGUCAUCUGUUUAAAGAUUUGAAAAUAGACAUUCAUACAAAUAAUGUGGGAUUUUUCCUUUAAAACUGGUUUAUUCGUGUGUGUGUGUGUGUGUGUGUGUGUGUGUGUGUGUGUGUGUGUGUGUGUGUAGGUAGGUAUAUUUGGAAGAAAGUUAAAGGACAGUUUUUGGAGUUUAUUCUCCUGUCAAAUGGAUUCUGGGGAUCAAACUAAGGUUAUCAGUGCUGAUGGUAUGUGUUUACCCCUACUGAGCCUUUUGACAAGUUCAGAAUUUUAUUUAAAGGUGAAAGUCAAGGUUAGGUGGCCUGCAAGGAAAGAAUAGGCCUGAGUAGGUCCAGGAGAAAGAGGAGUUGGUUGCUAGGGACAGGGUUUAGAUAGUUUUCUUCUCUGGUAAACUUUUGAUUGACAGUUGGAAACUUCAACCUGUGUAGGUGUGAAUUGUACAUCCUAUAGUUUUUUUUUUUUUGGUUCUUUUUUUCGGAGCUGGGGACCGAACCCAGGGCCUUGCGCUUCCUAGGUAAGCGCUCUACCACUGAGCUAAAUCCCCAGCCCCCAUCCUAUAGUUUUAACACUAUGUGUGCCCAGUCAUACAUAGGCAUGAGAUGGUAAAUAGCCCCCGCCCAAACAAAGUUUAUACUGAGAACAAGGUUAUUUUAUUGUUCAUUUGACUACAAAGUACAAACAGGGAAUUGCUAGGGAGGAGAAGGACACUGCUUUCUCAGGAAAGAGUUGUGUGGCGCUCCAGCCAGAAUAGCUGCUCAGUACUUUGUCGGGAAAGGGGUGCGGUAUUGCUCAGGUCAUGUAGGACGCCUGGUUACCAAGCUCUCUGUACCUUCUUACCUUUCUUCCUGCUUUGUACCUUGAUGCAGCCCCUUGGUACAGUUCUGAGAAGAGUCAUGGAGGCACCUGGAGGGCUUCUGCCUUCAGCAGCUGGCCCAUAGGUCCCGAGCUUGUUUGUCCUCAGGUUGGUCAAGGUGACAGCAUGUCUCCCAGUAGCCUCAUUAGCUCGCUCUGGCUUCUGGACUUAUUUUUAUGCCUGGCAGUGAAGAAAUCUGAACUUAUUUCUUCACUUGGCCAUUCACUUCCUCCCCGCUCUUAUAUUGACCAGGGCCUUGGAGGUAUGGACAUGCCCAAGAGGUCCUGCAUGUUGCCCUGCCUGCUUUGGGGAACCCAGUUCUCUGCACAGGGCUUCUGGUGAUUAUAGCUCAGUUACUGUAGCCUGGCAAGGUUGAAAGGUUCUUUUUAUACCUGAGUUUCCUCUUCUACAAAAUGAAGAAAGCAGCCUCAGGAGAUUUGGUGACUUGGAGAGUGAGUGUGCACACACUGAGUGCAAGGCUUCAUAAAAAGUAGGUUUUGGAUACUUGGCAGGGAGAGUGCCCAUGUAAGGCCUCCAGGCUAAAGAGCUUGUAGUUUCCAGCUUGUAGUUUCCUCCCAUUUUUCAUGGGACUCGAUCAUGGCUCUGGGGAUACCAAAGCUCAUUUGAAGUCUAGGCCAGAGGAGAAAUGGAUUCUGUAGCAUGACAGACUCUUAAAGCACCAAGUUACAAAUAAUGCAGUAUAAUAAAUGCUGCUCAAGCUGUGUUGAAGCUGGAGUUUGACUGGAAGAAGAAGAAGAGGUGGUGAACACUGGGUGCCGUCCAGCCUUGCUUCUGAAGUACCUUUUCCCAUGGAGAGCACUUGUAUACUGUAGGGUGGGAGAGAAAGAGUGUGACCCUCCCUACGUACGUGUGUGUGUGUGUGUGUGUGUGUGUGUGUGUGUGUGUGUGUGUGUGUGUGUCUGUGUGUGUCUGUGUGUGUAUCUGUGUGUGUGUGUGUCUGUGUGUGUGUCUGUGUGUCUGUGUUUGUUUGUUUGUUUAAGAAGUGGUCUCAAGUAGCCCAGGCUGGCCCUCACUUCCUAACCCUCCUGCCUCUACUUCCCAAAUCCUGAGAUUAUAAGUGUGUGCCAUUAUGUUUGGUUCCCAUCUUUUCUUCCUAAGUCUGGGUGGUUGGAGAGCCUACUAAAGGUCACCCAUUCUUUCAUGUGGAUUUCUCAAAGACCAGUGCUUUUUAGGUUCUUCUAAACCCAGCUUGGUUUUAAUAGCUCCUGAUGUCUCUCUUAAAUGUUUUUUGUUUAAAUAGAAAAAGUUACAGAAUAUGGUGAAGCUUGGGGGAAUUGUGACAUGGUUUAUUUAGCCAUUGCCACAGUUGGGAUCCAGGCCAUGUCUGUAGCCUACUCACAGAAAGCUCUUAGCUACGUUUCAUGGCCACACGGCCCUCAUUCCGAAUCUCAGCAGCCGUAGACCUGUUCUUAGUCAGUAGGAGUAUUUUCGGAGGGUGUCAUGGGAAUUGUGUUGAGUCAUAUGCUACCUUUGGUAGCCACAGUGCUUUCAGCUGAGGCCUCUGAACAACCUGUCUAAAUGAUUACAUUUGAAGUGAGUUGCUUGUAAAUAGCACAUAAUUGGCUUUUAAAAAUUUCUGGCAGUAAUUAUUUAUGUGUAUGGGUGUUUUUAUCUGCAUUUUUGUCUGUAUACCAUAUAACACUUGCAUGAUGGAUGCUUGGUACCCAGGGAGGCCAGAGAAUGCAUCAGAGCCCCUGGAAUUGGAACUCCAGAUAGUCGAGCCCCAUGUGGGUGCUGGAAAGCAUUAGUUUAGUCCUUGGCCAGUUUGGAGCCUCUCCCCAUCUUGGCUGUUGCAUGUAGCUGUGACUGUGUCCCUAUGGGACUUUGUGGGUCUGCCUGGGAAGUGAUGCCAGCACUGAUCUGCUGUACAACUAGCUAUCUUAAUGGUGUUUUAAAAAUUAACACAGGCAUAUCACAAGAUAUUUGGAAACUGAAGGAAAAGACAUACCAUCCUUUAGCUAGCUCACUAGCCUGUGUAACUUUUAACAUUUGAUGGUACUUUAUUUUUUUCAACUCUUCUAAAAGAGUUGAUGUGCAUAAAAGAGUGGUGCAUAUUCACACUCCCAGGAUGUGUUGGAAGUGAUAAA